AUGUUGCAUUGGCUUGCAUUGGAUGCCAUUUCCUGUAAUCUGGCAAUCUGGCAGCUGCUGCCCUGGAGCUUGUCAGCUCCUGUCGCCUGCGCCACACUUCCCACCUCCCGUCUGCCCAAUCGCCAAGCAGACAAAUCGCACAUACCAAGACAAGUCCUCAACCCGAUCCUGGUCCGAUGGUGGCAUUUCGCACCCAAUGGCAGCCAGUCUGUACUUCUAGCGCCUCUUGUCGUUAUCGACUGCCCACGAGUGGCACCAGCCGCACUACCUUACUCAUGA